AUGGCUGCUCAUCUCAAGCCUCCUCACAACGUCUUCAUCCUGCCGACACCAUGCGAUCAGUACAACCCACUCUUUGACACAGUCCAGUCGACCGAGAACUUUGUCCUCCAGCGCACCAAGGCCUCCAAGAACCAGUUCCUCAACUCGUUCUUGGGCACCAUCCAAAACGUCUUCGAUGGCAAGCAGGCGCCCUUUCGGAUUCUGUUUCGACGACAGCUGAAUGCCCAGGCAUUGAUGAUUGCCGAGGCGGAGGCACAAAAGAACAUUGACCACGCCUGGACAUGGAUACAAGUACUGGACGAUGCGCAGGAGAAGGAAGAAUGGGUCUUGACAAAGAUCCGAUCGUUGGUAACACGAGCAGACAAGGGCACAGAUGAUAUUACUUCAGACGAGAAGGUCAGAAGUGCUUCUCGCGCCUUCCGCCAGACAUUCAACGUCCUGCCGUCGGAACGACUUGUCAGUUACUAUUCGUGCUCGUUUCACGGAAAGAUGAUGAACCAGGGCUGGAUGUACAUCUCGGAGAACUACCUCUGCUUCUACUCGUUUAUGUUGGGCAUGGAAACAAAAAUCUUUCUCGAGCUCAAGGAUAUUGGUGAUCUUCAAAAGGAAAAGAGCAAGCGCGGAGUGUUUGCUGAUGCCAUUCGUGUUGUCAUGAAGGACGCACGCGAGUACUUCUUUUCCAACCUCUUCCACCGAGAUGAAACCUACGAUAUUCUCGUUCAAUUGACAACAUUGACCAUGGAACGUCUCCUAAGGAAUACGGCAUUGGAGCAUGCACCUGGUCAGUCGAACGGAGAUGAUCCAGAGAGCGUCAAGGAUGUCUUCUCAGUCGACGUCGACAAUCUGGACAAUAACGAAUCACUCUAUUCACCAGCACCGACAACUCGUCCACUCAGAUUGGGACUCGAGGAGCAGAAGCGGGAUAGCCAAUUCCAGCUGCGGUUCAACUUGCCGACAUCGGAGCAUUUGAUGGAGGAGUCGAGCGCCACAAUGGUUCAUGGAGACAAAACGGACAUGUUCCACGGACGAAUCUACAUGUCCGAGUCUUUCCUCUGCUUCAUUUGCACGGAGGCCAACCCAUGUGUACUCGCACUGCCCCUUUUCACCAUCCGUCGUGUUGAGAGAAUGAACUCGCGCUCUGCCAUGUAUGCCCUCAACAUCUUGACCUGGCACCAAAUGAGACUUGUCUUCCGUCUCAAUGGACCAAGGACCCAGUGCGAAAAGUUUUGCGGCACUCUCAAGACCAACUUGAAGCUCCAAGUCAGAGCUAUGCGCUCUUUGAAGCCCUUCCUUGCCACUUGCUUUUCCGAAGCCCUGUUGGCAGACCGCCCUGAUGUUUCCGAGAAGGACUCUGGCUUGGGAUGGAUCUUUGAGUUCCCUGGUGACCCCAAAAAGCUGAAAAACAAGAGCAAGACCAAGCUCUGGCUUCAGUACUUCAAGGAUAAUGGGCGAAACCUGACCAUGAACAAGGCGGCUACAUUCCCCAAACUGAUUCGUGUCGGUCUCCCCAACAAGCUCCGUGGAGAAGUCUGGGAGGCUUGCAGUGGAUCACUCUACCUUCGCGCGAUGAACCCAGGCGAAUAUGCUAAGUUGCUCAAGGAUAAUGAAGGAAAGAUGUCGCUGUCCUUGGAAGAGAUCGAGAAGGACCUGAACAGAUCUCUCCCUGAGUAUGAGGCUUACCAGGCAAACCAGGGUAUUAACCGUCUCAGGAAUGUGCUCAGCGCCUAUGCAUGGAAGAAUCCCGAUCUUGGAUACUGUCAGGCGAUGAACAUUGUCACCAGUGCCAUCUUGAUUUAUCAGAGCGAGGAGCAGGCAUUCUGGACAUUGAACGUGUUGUGCGAUCGACUUUUACCUGGAUACUACAGUACGUCCAUGUACGGUGCUCUUUUGGAUCAGACGAUUCUCGAGCACUUGCUGGAGAAGACAAUGCCAAUUUUGAGCAAACAUCUCAAGAAGGUUGACGUGCAGCUUUCAGUGGCGUGUCUUCCUUGGUUCCUGAGCUUGUUUAUCAACUCAAUGCCCUUGGUGUACGCCUUCAGGGUCCUGGAUUGCUUCUUCUUUGAGGGUCCCAAGGUCCUCUUCCAGAUCAGUUUGGCUAUUAUGAAGGUCAACGGGGAUGAGCUGCUGGCGUCCAAGGAUGACGGUGCUUUCAUGGAUGUGCUGAAGAAGUACUUUAGCACCUUGGACGAGUCAGCAUUCCCCAACAGCACCAACCCCAAGGCGCGAGCACUCACCAAGUUCAACGAGCUGAUGUUGGUGGCGUAUAAGGAGUUUGAAUCAGUCACGGCAGAGAUGGUUGCCGAGCUGAGGAGGAAUCACCAGCUCAAGGUCGUCCACAACAUCGGAAGUUUCACCAAGCGCAGUCAACUCCGCAACAUCGCCCCCGGAAAGUUUUCCAAGGACGAGAUGAGCGUCAUCUACGAUCGUUUCUACUCGGCUUUGUUCUAUGGCCGCUCGCAGUCGGGACGUGGAUCGAACAAGCAGGGGGAGGCGAGAGCUUUGGACACUAACACGUUCGUGUCGUUCUUGGGAAGCAUUGCUCACUGGGCGCAGGUCGAGGACGAUCAGAUGGAGGGUGAUGAGAUCCAACCAAUCAAUGGAUCAUCACAGCACCGCCGUCGUGGCUCCACCUCUACCACGUCAACAACCCGUGAGCGUCGUCGGGUCGUUGGCAAGCACUUUAUCUCACGACUCUUUGAGCGGUUUGACGAGAAUGGUUCUGGAAUUCUUUCGCUUCAGGAGGUCACCACCGGACUUGGUGAUAUUAUCCACGGCGACAUGAUGUCUCGCAUGCAGCUCUUCUUUGACAUGCACGACCUGAACAAGGACGGAACGCUGAACCGCGACGAGAUUUUGGGCAUGUCCGAGAGCUUGCUCUUUAUCUACAGAUAUGAUGAUGGUGACACCUAUCUCCCAGCCAUCUCCAACUUUAUCCGCAAUGCUUUCGAGUUUGCUGAGAAGGUCGAGCCUGUGAAGAAGGAAGAGUUUGUGGUAGAGGAUGAAGAUGACGAUGAUGAGGAUGAAGAUUCAAAGAAGUCCAAGGAGACCAAGGAGGACGAGUCAGGAACUGAGGCGUCAUCUGCUUCUAAACCCACGACCAACGGGACUACACCUCAACCUCAGGAAGAGCCCGAAAUCCAGAUGUCACUCCCCAGCUUCCGCAUGGUUGUGUUGGCAGAUGAGACGCUCGAGCGGCUCUUUGAUUCUGGAUUCUCUGACUCGUUUAAGCUAUUGGAGCCACUGGAUCGUCAGCGGGGUCUGUUCGCGAAGGAGGUGUUCGAUUCGUUGUUGUCGGAGGGACGGAAACUGGCAGGAAGCAUUGCUGGCGGUAUCCAAGGCAGAGGUCGCCCACAGCAUACCCCCUCCAGCUCCAGCUCGUCUUCUCUUCCUACUGCCGACGCGAACAAGUCUACUGCCUCGAUUUCAGAGAAGCAGGAUACUGAUGCUGUUGUGGUGCCUGUGGCUCCUGGCGCUCCUGUGACCGCAACCGGCGCCGCCGUCGCUGUUAGUGCUGGCGUUGUUGCGGAUAAGAUCAAGGAGAGUGACGACGAUGAGGACGAUGAUUUGGAGGAGGUUUCUCGCGAGGAUGCGGACGUAGACGGCGAUGAUGAUGAGGAGGACGACGAAGAUGGAGAUGGUGACGAUCUAUUGGACGAAGUCGAGAAGUUUUUGACAGAGUUUGAUCUCGAGGGUGGUGGCAAGAAGGAUCUUGGACUGACCUCUGCUGCCGGCGCUGUUGAUACUACCAGCCCGUAG